AUGUCUACCGACAUACAUAAUGAUGAUGAUCUAAAUGAUCAACAUCAUAUUAAUGAUGUUGAAUUACGUGAAUUAGUAUAUCAAUCACUUGAACGUGAAGGUUUAAUAACACAUUUAAAAGCACAAUUACGUUCUGCUGUUUUUAAAACAAUUGAAAAAGCAUCAUAUCCUUCCGAUAAAUCAAAUAAACCUGGUUAUGAAGGUACAAAUGGACAAAUAUGUCAUGCACUUGUUCAUGAUUGGCUUGAACGUUCACGUUUAUUAUAUACAAAAGAUAUACUUGAAGUUGAAACAUCAGGUCCAAAUUAUCCAUUACCAUUAACAUCUAAUGAAUUACUUGAACAUUUACAUCUUAAUUCAAUAUUAAAUACAUCUCAACCAAUUUUACAUCAUUUACUUAAUAAUAAUCGAUCAAAUAAAAUAAAUUCUCUUCCUGAUCAUAUUAAACAAUCGAUUGAUAUGAAAUUUCCAAAUGAAAAAAUAAAUGAUAUAAAUCGUGUACGAGAACAUUUUCGUUCAUUAUUUUCAUUUGCAUUUGAUUCAAAUAUACUUGAUACAUUUUUUAAUAAAAAUAUUUCAUUAUCAACAACAUCAAUAUCUAAAAGUGAUUAUGAACAAAUUUGUCUAAAAUGGAUGCAAGCAUGUGCUAAAGUUCUUACACCAUCAUCAACUCCUAUUAAACAAACAUCAUCUACUAUACCAACACAAUCAUCAUCAUCACAUAGUGUUGUUAAUAAUGGUCAAACAAUAACUCGAGCUCAUCGUUCAGCAUCACCACCAUCAGAAUCACAUUCGUCAUCAUCAGCUAGUUCAUCAUCAGAAAAUCCACGAAAAGGUGGUUAUGAUUUUCAAUUCCCAACAAUAAUGAAUACAAAUAAAAGUACUGUAAAAAAAAGUACGGAUACUAUUCCACCACCACCAUUACUCAAUUUUAAUACGAAUAGUACUGAUGAUAGUACAACAUCGUCAAUAUUGUCUCAACGUAAUGCAACACCAGCUGCAUUAAAUCAUUUAAAAAAUAUUGAAGAUAUUGCUCGUGGUGAUGAAACACCACGUACAAGAACAACAAUACAAAAAUUAUCUAAUAAUAUUCAUAAAAAUAUUCCAGUUGAAUAUGAAGAUGAAAGUAUUAGUCAAAGUCAAAUGAGUAGCAUUGAUGAUAUUACUGUUGAUAAAGCAUCAUCAUCUCUAUCAGCUCAUAUUGAUUAUUUAGAAGAUAUAUAA